UAGAGAACCGGGGACCAGCCAAGCGCUAGAAGUGGCGUUGGGCGACAGUGCCGGGCGAUCCCGACGCUGAGUUCCCGGGGAAGUGGAAGCAGAAGGCUCCCCGAGGCCCGGGGCUGGGAUCGCCUAGCUGCGUUGCCCGGUCCCCUCCCAGUCCCGGGCCGUGGUGACAGCUGUGGGGAGCCGGCUGCUGGAGACCCAGUGCUUUGUCUGCAGCCGCGCGUUGGGGACGUGGGCGUGCCCGUAGCCUUCGCCACCGGGCCAGGAGGCUGUACGACCGACCGGGGAGGAGCCGGCUCGCAAAGCCCUUGGGAAAGCUCGCAGGCAGCACCCUGGGUUCUCGGGUUGUUUGUUUGCUAAAGAACUGCUUCCUGGAGCCCGGGCUCGGUGACCAACGCGGUGACAGCUAACCUUCUGGCGGUAAUAAAAGGUUUAAAUCACCGGAAAGUCCCCUAGGCGCAUGCACCAAUCUUCCAGCUCUCGGGGUUCACUCUGGGAUCUUGGUGACCUGCAGAGCUCAGCCGACCCUGAUGGAAGGAAGAGGGGGCAGGGCCCAGUAGGACACGUCUGUUGUUGCUGCUUUCCAGGCUGUGUGAACUGCAGGGCUGUCAAAAAACAACCAUAACCUGUUUCCUGGAGCAUCUGAUUACGGGACUGGAGCUCCGAGGUCAGGAACGACGUAAAUGGCUCGACUCCCUGUAGGCAUCCGCUUCAUCAUCGCCUUCUCCAGGGAUCAGUGGUACCGGGCCUUCGUUUUCGUGCUGACAUUCCUGCUUUAUGCCAGCUUCCACUUAUCCCGAAAGCCUAUCAGCAUAGUGAAGGGCGAGCUCCAUAAGCAGUGUGCUGCAGGGGAUGAGCCUGAGCCCAGAUUCAGUGGCCGGAGCAGCAGUUCCAGGCAUGGCCCCACCCACUGGCUCCUGGACAAUGAGACCGACUGUGGCUGGGCCCCUUUUGAUAAGAACAACUACCAGCAGCUACUUGGAGCCCUGGAUUACUCCUUCCUGUGUGCCUAUGCCAUCGGGAUGUACCUGAGUGGCAUAAUAGGGGAACGCCUGCCGAUUAGGUAUUACCUGACAUUUGGGAUGCUGGCCAGUGGCGCCUUCACAGCCCUGUUCGGCGUGGGCUAUUUCUAUAACAUCCACAGCUUGGGAUUCUACGUGAUGACCCAGAUCCUUAACGGGCUGGUGCAGACCACAGGCUGGCCGAGUGUCGUUACGUGCCUCAGCAACUGGUUUGGAAAAGGAAGGCGAGGCCUGAUCAUGGGGAUUUGGAACUCCCACACCUCCGUGGGCAACAUUCUGGGGUCCUUGAUUGCCGGCUACUGGGUGUCCACAUGCUGGGGACUGUCGUUUAUCGUGCCCGGGGCCAUCGUGGCAGCCAUGGGGAUCGUGUGCUUUCUCUUUCUCAUUGAACAUCCGAAGGACAUCAAGUGCUCCUCCACCCUGCCCACGCAUUCCAAAGUCUCUGAGAAUGGCAUCAACAGAUUUAGACUGCAGAAGCAAACCGCACACACUGAAAAGAACGGACCUCUGGACCCAGAGCUGCAAUGCUUACUGCUCUCUGAUGGGAAGAGCCCCCUCCACCCGAGCCAUAUCGUCGUCCUUCCUGGUGACAGCAGCGGCAGCAUGGCGGCCAUCAGCUUCACAGGAGCCCUGAGGAUCCCGGGCGUGAUUGAGUUCUCUCUGUGCUUGCUGUUCGCCAAGCUGGUCAGCUACACAUUCCUGUUCUGGCUCCCGCUGUACAUCACCAGUGUCGAUCACCUGGAUGCCAAGAAAGCUGGGGAGCUGUCCACACUGUUUGACGUGGGCGGGAUCUUCGGUGGGGUCCUAGCAGGUGUGAUCUCCGACCGCCUGGAAAAGCGGGCCUCCACCUGCGGUCUGAUGCUGCUGCUGGCAGCACCCACGCUCUAUGUCUUCUCCUCCGUCAGCAAAAUGGGACUGGAAGCCACCAUAGCCAUGCUGCUCCUCAGUGGGGCCCUGGUCAGCGGGCCCUAUGCACUGAUUACCACGGCCGUCUCUGCAGACCUGGGGACUCACAAAAGUCUGAAAGGGAACUCUCACGCCCUGUCCACCGUGACAGCCAUCAUCGACGGCACUGGGUCUGUAGGAGCUGCCUUGGGCCCCCUACUGGCAGGGCUCAUCUCCCCUUCAGGAUGGAGCAACGUGUUCUACAUGCUGAUGUUUGCAGACGCCUGUGCCUUACUGUUCCUGAUCCGCCUCAUACACAAGGAACUGAGUUGUCCAGGGCCGGCUGCAGGGAUCCAGGCUCCGCUGAAGGAACACUGACCAUGAGUCCUCCGGAGUGCCCGGGGCCCGUCUUAGACACACACACUGUCUUUGGAAAAGCUGAAAGGAAGGAUCCUGUCAUAAAAAGAAAGACUCGCCUUUGCACGUGCAUCUGGGAGCGACUCACAAGCUACCCUGAGACCUGCUGGACAGACAGACAUGGAGCUCAGAAUGACAGUGGGGAGCCUGCCUGGCUGUGUCCCACUGCCUUAAUGGGCCAAGGCCCAAUGGCCCAGCCAGCCCCAGCCUGGCAGGUGCGUGGUGCCCGCUAGCCACUGAACUCUAGCCUGUACAGUGACAGGAAGGACUGGCCUGCAGCGCCCAGGCAGCCCACCCCUCUCAGGUACCCAGUGCAGAAUGUUUAUAGCCUGUGAGCCCAGGCCAUCCCACUCUCCUGUGUCCUGAAUGUGCAGGGUGAAAGGACAGGACAGGUCACAAAUGUCCCACCAACUAACCAACAGCAUGAGAAAGCCCAAUUACAGACAGAAACUGAGAUGGAGUCCACACCCAGCAGUCACGAAGACCCAUGCUCGGUACCAACCAGGAAACUGGUCAUGUCAAGACGUGAAUGAGUGUGAAGCAAUAAGCCCCCCCCCAACAAGAUGGGGACGCUGGGAAGGCCAGUCCCAAAGCUCGUGCCGUGGUCCCCUGCAGGAUGGAGAAGCACAGAAGCUGGGGAGGGGGUUUCAUGGGGUACCAGAAGCAAUGGGUCCCACCCAGCCAUCCCUCUUACCCCAGACACCUGGGCUGUUUCUAGACCCACAGGGAUUAUUUAUUUUAAAUGUAUAAUGUGCUAUAUAGAUUUUAAGAGAUAUAAAUGGGGUUUUAUUUAUUGAGACAAACUAUGAUUGUUCUGUGGCCAUUUGUCUUCUUAGUUGUAUGUAUCUGCUCUUUGAAAUAAAUGAGUUUUUAUUUAAAAAAAAAAAAAAGCCCA